AGCAGGACAGGGAGAAACUUCGAGCUACUUCAAGCUCUCAUUGGACAGCAUUUAUGUAUUAUUUUAUCCGCAUGAUCGCUUCGCUGGUUAAUUUUUUUAUUCUUGUACAGAAACAUAUUAUUUAAUUUUAAAUAUAAUUUGUUAAAUACCAGAUCAUGCUUAUUUGUAAUUCUGCACAACAGUGAAGAUGUCCGCAAAAAUCGCGUCGCGUUUCAUAGUGCUGUCGUCCGUCGGAAUCGGUAGUUAUUUAUUGGGAUCGUUUGUGGAGCGUAGAAAAAUCCCAGAAUCGACGGCUUGCCGUCGUCGGGCAUCCGAAAGUAUCGAUUAUGUAAACGAGAGGGGUGCCAGCAAUUUUAUACACGAAAUCGUCUCAAAGCCGGGUUUGCCUAUUUUUGGCACCGUUUCCGCGGCUUCACCUUUUCCGGCGGAGCAGAAGUCUGCGGUGCCCGUGAAUGUGAGUCGUGUUGGACAGAUUAUGAAGUAUGGGUUUCCGGGUUUGGAUAAUGUGCGAUCCUACGACGAUUAUGUGCUAUCGUACGAUCGGAGGACACGGGUUGCCCACUGGGUGUUUGAGCAUUUGACGGCAGAAUCGGUCAAAGCGAACGAUGCGGUCGAUCGUGCCAAGUGCGACUUCAAAGCGGACGAUAGUGUGCAUCCAUUCUUUCGGUCGUUAAAUUCGGAUUAUAAAGGUUCUGGGUUUGAUCGAGGACAUUUGGCAGCGGCGGGAAACCACAGACUUCAUCAGCAGCAUUGUGAUCAGACAUUCUUCCUUAGUAAUAUGGCUCCUCAGGUUGGCGUUGGGUUUAAUAGAGACAAGUGGAACCACUUGGAGCGUCACGUGCGCAAGUUGACCAAGCAAUAUCAGAAUGUGUAUUGUUGUACUGGGCCGCUGUAUUUGCCUCGAAAGGAAGCAGAUGGAAAGCUGUACGUUAAGUACCAAGUAAUUGGCAACAGCAAUGUGGCAGUCCCGACACAUUUUUAUAAAGUGGUAGUAAUGGAAUCCGCAGACCACCGACUAGAAAUGGAAGCAUACGUGCUGCCAAAUCAAAAAAUCGAUGACCAAACGCCGUUGUCCAUGUUUCAGGUGCCGCCGGAAACAAUCGAACGAGCAGCGGGGUUGCUUUUCUUCGAUAAGAUUGCCCGAAGUCAAUUGUCUCGGAUAAACGACCAAUUCACACAUAUUCAACUGGACAUUGCGCAUUACAUAAUCGUCGUUUAUCUACAUGGACUGCUCACCGGAAACUUCACAGGCGCCACACGUUUCGGGUCCCCUGCAUGAAUGCCAACUGCAUUCACCACACACUGGCCACCAACAUCCACAGUCAGCGCACCGAAUGUUCAAGCGCAGUGCUAUCGCUCUCUCUCUCGCGAUUCCCAACUAACAAACCCCCAACUUGGAAAUUGUUUGCUGUUUAUGUUUAUUUAUGAAGCCAUCAGCGUUGUCGUUUAGCAAAUCUGGCGAACCAAACUGUUUGCCGCAGAAGUCAUCGAUACAAAGUUUUAUUGUGGUGCUAAUCUUGAGAUCCAUCAAUGCUGGUGGAAUGAUGAACAAUCGGCCGCUUGAAGGCUUCGUGGCACGUUGUAAAUCAACGAUGGAAAAUGAUCAGGCGAUACGAUUUAUUGCCUGGAUUCAAGUGCCAUGAAUCUCACCAUGACGAUCAGAAGAGCUUACCCAACACCUUUCGACCCAUCGACUUGGCACGCCGAAUGAAGAACUCAACAUUGAACCAUGUGAGUCUAACGGCAAAAACCUCCAUCGCUAAUUGCCACAUUGGAUGAUAAUGAACUACCGUGCGUCUCCAUUAAUCAUCACCGCGCCACCUCGCUUCGUCCGAACCAUCACAUCUGCGCAGGGAUUUCCAUUCAAUUGCACCCGGACUGCAUACGAGGCCCAUUAAGCCUACAUUUGUUUGAUUUUUUUUACAGUUACUAUCUUGCAGAAUAAGAAACGGCCAAUCUAACGAUUUCAAGGUUUCCAAGCCAACCAGCUUUACCACCUCCACGAAGUCUACACGCGCAAGUUUGCCAUUCAAUUGCCAAGUCCAAGUUCUAAGCGGCGACGACGACGAGCGUCGUUGUCUCCCCGGACCGUCUCCUCCGGAUGGCUGCCAAGCAGAAAAACACAUCAUAAAGAAACUUUCAACCCUCCAACGUCUCCCGGGUGACCACCAUCGUUCUUACGAAUCAAGGCCAAUCGCAAGUUUAAUUGCGAUUCGGUAUGAACACCAGCCAUCUAAGCAAACCUACCGGGGCCGGGGCUUCUAAGCAGCAAUACCGCGCAUGGCGACGGGCGCACCGGUACGCAGCCCACCUUCGAAACCUGUACGCCGCCGUAUCGAGUAGCUAGAACUGCAAACCGCAGACAACAACAUGAAGUUC